AUGACUAUUGUCAUUAUUGGGAAGGGGCAGAAGAACACUUCUGGUAGUCGCGCCAUAAGGCGGCAAGGUCCUGUAUAUGGGAAAACAAUUCUGGUAAUCGCGCUGUACAGCAGCGGGAUCCUGUACGAGCACUCCCAUUUAAGGAUUCCUGUGUCCGACAAAGUUUUGGCAUCACAGUCAGAUUGGCCCAUGACAGUCAGCUUUGUAUGGCAUGUCUGUAUAACGAUUCUUCCGUUCAUGUUUCUCAGCAAGUUCAUAACAAUCCAAUUGCGAACAUGCUCCAUGAACAGUAUCGCACUUGGUAUCAAGUGCGAUUUUGGGACAUCAUGGCUGUUCAAUGUACAGUUCCAAGGUUGGGGUAGACAGCAGGCACCGCCCCCCAUCCUGCCAUUCGAUGAAUGGGGUCUCUGCAAACUCGUGCCUGGAUUAAGGCAGCAUGAUCGAUUAUGA